GUUAUGGAAGCAGAUGGGAGAUAUGGAGGACAGGGGCGUGGAGGAUUUGGCUUCGGCGGAGCUGGCAUGGGCGGAGGCCCAGGCUACGGGCCUGGAGCGGGAUACGGUCCAGGUGAUGGUGCGGGAUGUGGUCGUGGUGGUUGUGGGCCAGGAGGAUACGGACCUGGCAGCUACGGACCUGGUGGAGGCUGUGGGCCUGACGGCUGGGGAUCUGGUGGCUAUGCACCAGGAGGAUGUGGGCCUGGCGCCUACGGACCCUGUGGUGGUUGCGGACCUGGUGGUGGCGGGCCUGGUGGUUGCGGACCCGGCGGUUGCGGACCCGGCGGUUGCGGACCCGGCGGUUGCGGACCUGGUGGUUGUGGGCCCGGCGGUUGUGGACCUGGUGGUUGCGGUGGACCUGGUGGUUACGGUGGGCCUGGUGCUUGCGGUGGGCCUGGUCCAGGUGGUUACGGUGGGCCUGGUGGUUGUGGACCUGGUGGUUGCGGUGGGCCUGGUGGUUGUGGACCUGGUGGUUGCGGUGGGCCUGGUGGUUGUGGACCUGGUGGUUGCGGGCCAGGUGGGUACGGGCCGGAGGGAGGUGUUAACUUCGCUUUUACAGGCGGUGCUGUUGAUGUUGGCUCAUCCACUGGAAGAUAUCCAUACUACGGUGAUGAAGGCGCCUCACGCUUUGGUGGCGGUGGAAGCUUCGGUGGAGGAGGCUUUGGCGGAGGAAGCUUUGGCGGAGGUCCUUGUGGGCUGUCUGGAGGACCUGGUGGGUUCGGAGGUGGCGGAAUGGGCGGCAUGGGCGGCUAUGGCCCGGGCAGAGCAGGGCCUCGAGGCUUGGGGGCGGCCGGAAGAGGCAAUUUGCCGGUGAAAGUGAUCACCCGGGAGGUCCCAAAAGUAGAAGUCAAGCAGGUGGAAAGGGUCAUGGAGGUUCCCAACAUAGAGUACGAGGACCGUCUGGUGGAAGUUCGAGAGGUCCGUGAGGUGGUUCGACGUGUCCCGCGCAUAGAAGUUCGAGAAAUCCCCAUUGAGAGGGUAAUUCAGGUACCCAAGAAAAUUGUUCAGGAGGUGGAGACGCCUGUGUAUCGUCCAGUGCCACAUCUGGUCAAGCAACAGGUGGAAAGGGAAAUUCCCAUACCAAAGCCAUAUACACAGACACUGGAGGUCGUGAAGCAGGUGUCAGUUCCAACCAACGAAUCUGGUGCUGUUCUGGCGCAGUCUUCGGUGGCACCACAGACAGCACAAGUUGCAUCAGUGCCACCCGCAGUGGUGCACGCACCCAGCGUGAGCAGAACGUAUGCGCUACCUGCCGUCCCCAGCACAGGAUCUGCUUGCAUGAGUACUCCUACGGACAAGACACCCGUGGCGACGGUGGCGCCUUCUAUGCCUUAUGCCGGGCAGAUGCAGACCUUGCCAGCCCAGGUGCCUCCAAGUGCGGUUGGCGCUGCGACACCUCCCGCAAUGUAUCCUGCUUCGGCACUGGCAACUUCCAGUACGGCCGGUCGCAGCAUGUGUGCGUCGGUGGGCUCCAUGGCACCCGGCACCGUGCAGACAGGCAUCGUCGCGCCUGCCGUCGCUUCGAUGGCACCGCCCGCGCUGCCAUCGCAGCCGAUUCAGACAUACACUCAGGGAAGCAUCGCCUACCCGGCAUACCCGUCGGUGAUGGUCGCAUCGGCUGGCGGAGCUAGUGCAGCUGGCGCCGCGACUCCGCCCAUGGCACCCAGCUCUGCGGUUCUCCAGGGGACAGGCAACCUUUCACAGGCUGCGAAUCCCUUUGCUACCGUGCAAGGAGGCCUCGUGCCACAAGCACAG